AGAGGUGUAUGCAGCGCACGGCCCCGGUCGCCUUUCCAGGUGGAAAUCCACGAGGAGCUGAGACCCAACUUUAACUGGGACGACUGGUGAACUCGGUUCAGGACAGGUGAAAUUCCCAGCAGGCUGCUGGGAAGGCCACAGGAUCGAUUCGGAUGCUGGGAAAUGACAGAGUCAGCGCGGGUCGUGGAUGCAAUAACGCUGAAGAUUUUUGGAGUGUAAGCACACAGAAUUAAAGAUCCACCGCACCGAGGAGCAUCAUCAGGACUAAAUACUCAGGAGACAUUAUUUUAUUUGGAUCCAGCUAUUACCAUUUAAACUGCAGUCUGUAUUAUUCCAUAACUGGUGCAAUGAAAUACACGCAAAUCAAAGAGGAUACAGCCGAAGUGCUGAUGUGAAGGACUACAUUCAGAGCCGGGGAAGGAUUUGAGAGUGAAUCGGCGCAGACAUGAAGGAGAAAUCUAAAACUGCUGCAAGGACUAGACGAGAAAAGGAGAACAGUGAGUUUUAUGAACUGGCUAAAAUGUUGCCUUUACCGUCCGCCAUCACCUCCCAGCUGGACAAAGCGUCCAUCAUCAGACUGACCACCAGUUACCUGAAGAUGAGGAUUGUUUUCCCUCAGGGUUUGGGUGAAGCGUGGGGUCAUUCAAGUCGAACAAGAUCUUUGGACAAUGUUGGACGAGAGCUGGGAUCUCAUUUACUGCAGACGCUGGACGGAUUUAUCUUCGUCGUGGCUCCGGAUGGAAAAAUCAUGUACAUCUCAGAGACAGCGUCAGUCCAUUUAGGACUGUCUCAGGUAGAGUUGACCGGGAACAGUAUUUAUGAAUAUGUCCAUCCGGCCGAUCAUGACGAGAUGACCGCCGUGCUGACGCCACAUCAGCCCUACCACACACACUUCGUCCAAGAGUAUGAAAUGGAGCGCUCUUUCUUUCUGCGGAUGAAAUGUGUGUUGGCAAAAAGAAACGCAGGCCUGACGAGCGGUGGAUACAAGGUGAUCCACUGCAGCGGCUACCUGAAGAUCCGUCAGUACAGUUUGGACAUGUCACCCUUUGAAGGCUGCUAUCAGAAUGUGGGUCUGGUGGCUGUGGGUCACUCUCUGCCGCCCAGCGCCGUGACGGAGAUCAAACUGCACAGCAACAUGUUCAUGUUCAGAGCCAGUCUGGAUAUGAAGCUCAUCUUCCUUGACUCCAGGGUGGCCGAGCUGACAGGUUACGAGCCCCAGGACCUGAUAGAGAAAACCUUGUACCAUCACGUCCACAGCUGUGACAUCUUCCACCUCCGCUGUGCACACCACCUCUUGCUGGUGAAAGGCCAAGUCACCACUAAGUAUUACCGUUUCCUAGCUAAGCAUGGCGGCUGGGUCUGGGUCCAGAGUUACGCUACAAUUGUCCACAACAGCCGGUCAUCGAGACCUCACUGCAUCGUUAGCGUCAACUACGUCCUUACGGAUACCGAGUACAAGGGAAUGCAGUUGUCCUUGGACCAAAUGAGCCCCACCAAGCCCGCCUUCCCAUAUGCUGACAGUCACAGCGAAGACAGGAAGAGCACCAAGUCACGUUUGACCCCGGUGAAGGCCAAAGCCAGAGUGUCACCCUACCCACAGUUUUCAGCUUUCAAUCCAGAGCGUUCAGAGUCGGACCAAGACAGCCAAUGGGGAGGGAGCCCGCUGACGGACUCUGCAUCUCCUCAGCUGUUAGAUCCAGGUGAGGCUGCGGAAGCGUCUUGUGCCUACCGACUGUAUCCGGACUCAGGAUCCUUAUGCUACAGCCUGGGUCUGUCAGAGGACGAUCUUGCCCAUGCUCAAACCCAUCCUCACACCACCACCUGCGACAGGGUGCGGUGCCAGAGCGGACGCUACUUCUUAGGAACCCCCCAGUCAGGAAGAGAGAUGUGGUGGGAUGCCACACGUUCUGUUCUCUCACUGCCAAAGUCGUCUGUGGAGAACAGCGAGGGCUACGAAAUCACAUCCUACCAUGGAGCCAUUCACGGUCGGGGUCACUGGGAUGAAGACAGUGUAGUGAGUUCACCUGAUGGAGGCGGGUCCACCAGUGAUUCAGGUGAGCGGUAUCAUGGUGACCACUUUCGGGCAGCUCCCAGGGAACCCAGCAAGAUGGAGACCCUAAUCCGAGCCACGCAGCAGAUGAUCAAAGAGGAAGAGACUCGUUUGCAGCAACACAAGUCACCACUGGACGUCUCUGGACUUGCCAAAGCUCACAGCCCAUGUUUCACCUCCACGCUACCCCACCACUCCCAGCUCACCAUGCCCAGCGUGGUGUGCCGGGGCCCUGGAGCCCCAAGCAUUGACCUCUCCUCUGAACGCCUCCAUCACCGGGAUGGCAUCAAAGGGCACGGACCACACGACAAUGACGAGAACACAACCAGUCCAGCAUCCAUGUCUCGUCUCAGCAGUCCCAGCUCAGAUGGGAUCCCCAGAUCGGGUCUUUCUCUCGCCAAAGACUACAUGCAGACAGAUCUGUCACCCCAUCCUCCACAACCUCAAGAAAGCCCGCUGCUCUAUACAUCUCAAGAACGGCAGCCGCUGGACAGGCAAGCGGCGUAUGCUUUGACUGGGUAUUCCUUGGAGCACCUGUAUGAUCCAGAGAACCUGAGGAGUUACUCAAGCCUGGCCUGUGGGGGGGUCCAGUACGAUGUGGCAUCCCAUGUGAGGAUGCAAGCCGAGCAGAUGCAGGGACAUAAGGCCACCUCAGUUAUCAUAACCAAUGGGAGCUGACGAUGUCUGGUGCACAUGGGUCCUGUUCUCUAGAAAAGGAUGCUGCAGGAAGGUAGGCUUUUCACGGACCAACAGUGGACAAGAAAGACCAAAUGAGUUCCUGUGAUUGGUUUGUCCUUGUGGCCCAUUCAGCACAAGUUGUGUUUGUCGGCCUUCGUGUUUCCUCUUCUACUUACUGUCAAGGGAUGAUAGGAACUGGUGUUCAAGACGUCACGACUGGUGUACCACUUCACAGUGAGGAGGUCUGCUCCGUUUCAUAGGAGUAUAGUGUUACUUUAAUGACUGUGAACUGAAUUUACCUCCCUGCUAAAGGCGACUCAAGCUCCAAGUCUGGUUAAACAUCAAGCUGGUGUUUCUGUUCCAAAUGUCUCAUGCACCAUUGGGCUUGAGAGUUAAUCUGUCCAGGACACGGUUUCCAAAGGCAGUAAAAAAAAAGUGUUGUUCCAUGGCCCCUUCACCUGAAAACUCUAUGGCAUGGAAAGUAAUGUUUGACACAAGAAGUGCAACCUAGGAAGGGCAGCGUUUCACUAUUGUAGGAUGUCAAUGUUUCCUGGUAUUUAUUUGUCAGUGGGCUGUUUUCUGUAUGUGUCAUUUCUUUCCUGUCCAAGUAGAAUCUUAAAUGGUUGAAUAAAAAUUAGUUUUGGUGUUUGCAUUACACCCAUAUUAGACUCUAAUAAACAAAGAUCUGCCUCUGAUAUGUAAAAGUGUUAAAUAAACUUGUUAACCCCUGAUUUUAUGUAAAAUGCCCACAAAUUAAACAGAGGCGUUGUAUGUUUCCACUUGUAGCUGGGCCUUAAAAGAUAAACCAAACAUUUUAGGGUUUUAUUUCCCCUGUUACCCAGCUACAGUAAUCAGCAUAUAUUAAAUAUGCUCUAAACUUCU